AUGACGCAGUUGAGGACAGCGAAGGUCCCUUUGGUGGGAUUUGAUGGUGAAGCCGUAUACUUAGAAGGGAUCAUUCAGCUCCCAUUGACGGUAGGGAGAGGCUCUCGAACUUCUCGAGUUAUGCUAGACAUCCUGGUGGCAGACGUGCCUUCGGCUUACAACAUGAUUCUAGGAAGAUCUGGUCUCAAUGCCCUUCGGGCCAUCCCAAGCACAUAUCAUAUGAUGGUGAAGUUUCCCACAGAUAGGGGGACGGGCGAAUUGCAGGGAGAUUUGCGCUUAGCUCGCGAAUGUUAUAUGGCCUCCAUAGGCAUCGCAAAGGAUAGGGAAGCAGGGUCGCAAAGGGACGUUCCGGGCCCCCAAGCGAACCCCCCGAAGGAGGUCAGUUUCCUACUAGAAGGACCUGAAGAUCCCAAAACCGCAGAGCUAGUGGAUAAAUUGGAAGAAGAUUGCCCAAACCGAUGCGUAAGAGUGAGUAUGGAGUUAAAAGACCCGCUGAGGGGUCGGAUAGUGUCACUCCUUAGACAGUAUGCAGACAUCUUCGCAUGGACUGCUCGGGACAUGCCAGGAGUAGAUCCAGAGAAGAAACGAAGCUUCGCCCUAGAGAGAGCUAGGGCAAUCGAGGAGGAGGUUGCAAAAUUGACAGAGGCGCGGUACAUCCGGGAGAUGGAUUAUCCAGAUUGGUUAGCGAAUGUCGUGUUGGUUCCCAAAGGGCAGAGCAAGUGGAGACUUUGUAUUGAUUUCACCGAUCUUAAUAAAGCCUGCCCAAAGGAUAGUUACCCACUCCCGAGGAUUGACGCCCUAAUUGAUGGAACUGCUGGAUGUUCGCUCAUGAGUUUCUUGGAUGCUUUUCAGGGAUAUCACUAG